AUGAAAGAAGAAGAAGAGAAGAAUUGUCAAGUCCAUUCCACAGAGAUCGAAAAAGCUUGCAAUGUAAAAAGAUCUGUAGAUUGUGAUACAAUGAAAGAAGAAGAAGAGAAGAAUUGUCAAGUCCAUUCCACGCAAAACCGAACAGCAGGUCAUAUAAACGAAUCAUUCCUGACAAACCAUGCAAACAUUUCUGGUCUUGAAGAAGGGCGUGUGGAAUUAGUUCAAAGUGAUUCAGCUCGCAGUGUUAAAAGGUCUGUAGAUUGUGAUACAAUGAAAGAAGCUGACAAGAAUUGUCACGUCAAUUCCACGGAGAACCAAAGAGCAUCCAGUGUCAGAAACCGUUUUCAUUUUGAGGAAUUGAGGGAAACAUCUGGAGACAAUAAUGUUGAUUUCAUUAGCAAAAGAACCGAUUCUCCGGACGAAUACCAUACCCAUGCACAAUGUGCAUCAGUACGUAAAAAACUUCCUGCUUAUGGGACAACCCACCUUAAUCAAACUGCCAGUAAAUUCAAAGAGACUGAUCAACAAGAGAAGUCUCGUGAUCAUGAAGAAAGCGGAAGUCAUCAUGAUCAAGAGGAAUUGAUACCAGAAGAAGAGAUUCCCUGUGAAGAAGACGAAACCUGUCAGCAAUUAGCUUCACGUAACGAGCAUGACAGUGUCGUCAGUAUUGAUAUAGGAACAACAGUAAUGAAAGCAGCAGUAUCCCUGAAGAAAGAUGAAAGUAUUCUAAUGACCAUAAAAGAGCAGUGUGCGUCACUUUAUACCGAAGAUGGUCAGCUAAUGUCUAUCGGUGCGGGUGCGGAGAAGGACUACAGAGUUAUUGCAAGUAUUCCACAGAAGAACAAGUGGACUCUUCUUCGAAAUUUCAAGCCUCUGUUGAUAGACCGGGAGAAAAGACCCGAACAGACGGAGGAAGGAACUUAUAUAUCACCAGCGGUGAUAUACAAAGAAGUUCUGAAAAAAAUUACUGAAAAAGCCAGUGAAUUAGUGAAGAAGUAUGCAUGUAAAUUUCCUUUUUAUGUUAUCACAUGUCCAGCCUAUUACACAAGAGAGAAACGCAUAUUCCUGGCAGACAUUGCAUUACAGGCAGGUGUUAAUAUCCAUGACGUUACUGUUGUAACAGAAACAGAGGCUGUUAUGCAUUUCUCUGCAUUAAACCAGAAAAUCGCUUCAAAUAGCGGUUUAAUAUUGGAUAUUGGAGGAGGCAGCACAAAUAUUACGAUUUUUAACACUGCCAAAAAAGAAAUGAAGACAACAGAAGCCUUAGGUGGACAGAAAAUCGAUGAACAAUUUUCAAAGUUUAUGCAAGAAAUUUUUCGAGAUUUUGAAGAAUUCUGUUCGCGUUACCCGACUGAAUGCCUUGAUAUUCAACACCAAUUUGAAGAUAUAAAAUCAAAUAUUUCUGGAAAAGGCAAACCCAAUGCUGAAAGUGAGGAGUUAUGCAUAACUUUACCAGCUAAUCUCCACUCGUUUUUGUUUGAGAAGACCAGGGAAAAUCUAAGUGAAGCCCUCCAGAAGGGAAAAUUCUCUGGUCUGAUUCGGAUCGAGAGAAAUAAACUGUACAUUAUUACGGAUUUACUGCAUAGGGUCUUUGAACCUACUUUAGUUGAUAUUAUAGAAAAAAUCUGCAAACUUACAAAGGGAAGUGACAUUUCAAAUGUUUGCAUUUGCGGGGGACUCACCAAAGUGCCAUACAUACGAGAUUAUUUGGAGUCUUUUUUUCGGGUAAAAUUUGAAGGGAUAAUACCUUAUUUUCCUGAGGAACCAGAGCUAGCAGUUGCAAAAGGUGCUAACUUUUUCGGACAAAAAUAUCAUGCUCGACCACUUCUACCUGAGGAAUUAAAUUGUUCGCAUUCCUCUGUCAAAAAUGAAAUGGUUUAUCUGGAAAAUGAUGGUACAAAAAUUACUGUCAUUACAUUCUCUGACAACCAACCUGAUGAACGUUAAAAUAUAUGCAAUACCAAAGAAGUGUAAGCCUAUCCUAUGCAGCUGUAUCAAUUUAUUUCUGUCUAAAAAUUGUUUUAUUGCUUUGAAAUCAAAUAAUAAUUUUAGAGCAUUACAUUUUUAUGAUGUAAAUGACAGUUAACUAUCAAAAACAAUAUCCCUUUU